AUUUUUAUUGUUUUUAGUUAAAAAAAUUAAAAGUUGUAAAUGAAAUUAUGGGGCUCCAGCGUGCAUUGAAUGUGUUAUAAAGAAAAAAAGAAAAAAGAAUAAAUGGUUGUGGAUUGAAGAAUUCAUUAGAAGGAAGUAGGAGCCAUGACGUCUGUGUGUGAGGUUUUGUAUCAGCUGUAUGCCAAGACAAUAGUCCUGUUAACAUACAUGCUAAUAGAACUUAUCCUUAUCAUUCAGUACCUUAUUCGACCAAACCCAAUAUCAACCACCCAAUUCCUCAGUUUCAUUGAAGAGAAGAACCCCACAAUUCCUUUCACUACAAAACUCAAGGCAGAUCACAUAGACUGCAGAGUGUGCUUAGCAGAAUUCCAGGAAGGUGAGAAAGUCAGGAACUUGAACUGCAGACACACUUUUCACAAGGAUUGCUUGGAUCAGUGGCUGCAGCAAUACUGUGCCACAUGCCCUCUUUGCAGAAACAAGGUUCUUCCAGAUGAUGUUGUGGCCAAAUACAACAUGCUUCAAGAUCAGGUAGAAUAUGAUGGGAAUGAUGACCAGCUUAUCUUUUUGUUAUCUGCAUUAAGAGGUGGUAGCACUUUGCAUAGAUAUCUCUGAUCUAGUUACAAGUACAGAGUCAGAGCCCUUCGGGGAUUCUUUUACAGAACAAAAUUUCCUCAGAAUUUUGUACUCAUUCAUCAUCCCAUUUCAGAGUUAUAGUAAAAGAGAGACUCUAACGUUUACAGUUUUACUGUUAUACCAUGUUUAUUCUUUGAAUUUCGGUUGGUAAAUUUUGGGAACCAUUUUAGUUUGAUGCUUGGGAGUCCACAUCGGAGAUGUUAGAUAUAUUUGACAGCCAUGGAUUGAAACCACAAAUUGUUUGUCAAAAGGGUGACUUGUUCAACUACCAGUAGUAGUGUACUAGACAGACAUUGAAUUCUAAGAAAAGGUUCUCAAAUCGAGAAAUUAUUAGAUGAUUUUGUACUACAUGAUUUCUAAUUAAUAUUUGUAAUAUAUAAUAUAUGAUCAAGUGUUAUUAAUUUUUUAUCAUGAAUUGAAAAAUUUAAAUGUAAAUUUUGUUUGUUGAGAUUGGUUGAAAUCAUAUACGCCUGUUAGUGUUAGACUACCAAAUGAUUUAUGAAUUAUUAGACUAAUAAAUGGGAUGGUUGAAAAGGUUAAAUGAAUUGUGGAUGAGUGAACAAGGGAUUACUCAUAUUAUUGGUGCGACAAGCCUCAGUGGACAGAGCAACCAUUUUGUUAAUGGCAUAAGUCCCCACAAGCCAGAUCUAGUCACAUGCAAUAGCACCGGAUUAGCUGUCUGUAUUCAUUUUAUUUUCAAUGGUGGAUAAAGUACAAUAGUUGCAGAAUUAAGAAGAAGCAAACAGAUCCUGCAAAUUAGAUGAAGAUAUUUGAUGCAGAUGUUUUAGAGCUUCGGAAGUCGCUAUAGAAUUAGAAUGGUACCGUAGUAGUAGUUUGCAUUGUAGACAUAUAAGUGGCGCUUUUAAUGCAUAAUAACUCAUCAUUAUCUCCUAAUUUUC